UAUACCCCCUAAAAACACUGUUGAUUUUUGUUUAUUAGAUGUGUAAUUUCAAAUUUUCUUUCAAUCAACCUAGUAUCCAUUUUGAUUUAAUUAUUCUCUUUUUACACUAAUUAUAAAUUUAAUACCAGCAGUCUCUGUCACCAACCCCAAUAUAUUCGUGUACUCUCUCACACUUCUGCGGGUUUUGUUCAUGCGCAGCUUCAUACAACGGACCACAAUAAAGCUUACGUUGGAUCGUCAAUCCUCUCAUAUGUGAGUUCAUUUCUCAUUCAAUUGAAUUUACCCUAAAAUCAAUUCUCACCCUUUCAUUUAUUGAUUUUACCUCUUUAAUUCCAUUCAACGUUGCAUCAAAUUAGAAUAGAAUUCAAAAGAAAUUGAAUUUUUUUUCUUUUUGAUCGAAUCUUUAUUAUACAGCAGAGUAUUUUUUUUAGCGUUUCUUACUCAGUCUUAUAGUGGGGUUUAUUCUUCUUUUAAAUUUAUUAUACGUUGUUGAAAAAUAAAAAAAAUGGGUUGUACUGUGAGGGAAAAACACAUUAGAACAAGUAGAAGAUCACGAUCAAUGAAACCCACAAACACAGAUGUUGAUAAUCUUCAUCAUCAAAGUGUUAUUAAUGAAAGAACUUCAGCAUUGGCUAAAUCUAUGCUUGAAUCUGGGUUUAAACCUUGGACUUAUAACAUGGGUUUUAAUGAUUCUGUGCAAAAUAGUGCUUCAAACCCUAAUAACCCAGAUUCUAGCAGUGCCCAGAACCCUGGUUUUGAUGACUGUGGAUGGGGUUACUGUACUGAGGAACAAUUAGAGGAAAUUUUGUUGAAGCAAUUGGAGUUUUUGUAUAAUGAGGCGGUUUCAAAGCUCGUUGCGUUGGGGUAUGAUGAGGACGUUGCUUUGAAAGCUGUGUUGAGGAAUGGGCAUUGCUAUGGUGGUAUGGAUGUUUUAACUAAUAUCUUGCAUAAUUCAUUGGCAUAUUUGAACAGUGGGUGUUGUGGGGAUGAUGGCGAUCAUGAGGAGUCUGAGCUUGUAUUUACGGAUUUGAGGCAGUUGGAGGAGUAUUCGCUUGCGGGUAUGGUUUGUUUGUUGCAGCAAGUUCGCCCCCAUUUAAGUCGAGGGGAUGCAAUGUGGUGCCUCCUUAUGAGUGAUCUUCAUGUGGGUCGGGCGAGUACUAUUGAAAUUCCUAUGCUUCCCUCCCCUGGUAGUGUUUGUGGAAGUGCUGUGAGCAAUGUGGAAAGUGUUAGUGACAACGCCUCUAGUUCUGGAAUUAGCGUCUCCCCUGGAUUGUGCAAGUUCCAUGGGGGUUGGGGUUUUGGAAAUGGACCCAAUUCGGAGCAUCCUGUUAAUGGAAUUGGUGGGGUUUUCUCGUAUUCAGAAGCUAGCAUUCAGAGAGAGAUUGAUUGUGCCAAAAGGUUCAAUCUCAGCCCUUCUAUGAAGUCCUUGUUGAAGAGGAAUGUUGCAGCUUUUGCUGCUGGGUUCCGCUCUAAACAACAGCUACAAUUACAAUCUCAACCUUGCACCAAUUCUGCAGUAAGUGGAGACUCUUCAAAAGGAACUGUCCCGGAUGUUGAUGUGCCAAGUGACCCGUCUGUUGAGUCUAGUGAUAAUAACCAAGAUAUUGUAAACUCUUUGUUGAAUAAAUUUCGAGAUUUGAAUCUUGAUGAGAACUUAGAGUGUGUUACAGAGGAUCAGAAAGAUGAGAUAAUCUUGACUUUGUUGCAUCAAGUGAAGGAUUUAGAGAAGCAGGUAAACGAGCGAAAGGAAUGGGCUCAUCAGAAGGCAAUGCAAGCUGCCAGAAAACUUAGCAGUGAUCUGACAGAACUCAAGAUAUUAAGAACCGAGAGAGAUGAGACUCAGAGGUUAAAAAAGGGUAAGCAGACCCUGGAAGAUACAACCAUGAAGAGGUUAUCGGAAAUGGAGAAUGCUCUAAGAAAGGCUAGCGGUCAGGUGGACCGUGCAAAUGCAGCUGUUAGACAGCUUGAGGUUGAGAAUGCUGAGAUCAGAGCAGAGAUGGAGGCUUCUAAGUUGAGUGCAUCUGAGUCAGUCACAACUUGUUUGGAGGUCGCAAAGAGGGAGAAGAAGUGCUUGAAGAGACUUCUUGCUUGGGAGAAGCAGAAAACAAAGUUACAGGAGGAAAUUGCUGCUGAAAAACGGAAGAUUGCUGACCUGCAACAGCAGUUGAAGCAGAUUCUUACAACUCAGAAGGAAGCUGAGGCGAAGUGGAAGAGGGAAGUCAAGUACAAGGAAGUUGCAAUGACUCAGGUGGAGGAAGAAAGACGUUCCAAGGAAGCAACGGAGAGUAACAACAAGCGUAAGCUUGAAGCCUUGCGCCUAAGGAUAGAUAUGGACUUCCAGCGUCACAAGGAUGAUCUCCAAAGGCUGGAGCAGGAACUCUCUCGCCUCAAAGCAAAUGCACAACUACUUAUUGAGCCUCAUGAUUCAUCAGAUGCUUUUGCUACAGAAAAUCCUGAAGCAGCAAAAGAUCAAGGGGAAACUAUUGCAAAGCUUCUACGGGAAUUGGAUGAACCGGAGAAGGAAGGAUCAGAGAGAGAGUGCUUGGUGUGUAUGAAAGAGGAAGUCUCUGUUGUGUUCCUGCCUUGUGCACAUCAAGUGAUGUGUGCCAACUGUGGCGAGAAAUAUGGUAAGAAAGGGAAAGCGACUUGUCCUUGUUGCCGGUGUCCCAUUGAACAAAGAAUUCGUGUUUUUGGCGCGAGCUCGUAGAUACAGAGCACAGUUUGUGGUUGUAAUUUCUUACAGCCCAGCUUAAAACUUUUAACAUCCCAGCUGUAUGUAAAUAAUAAGGGGAGGGGGAACCGUGCUAUAUGCUUCUGUUUUCAAAGUAUGGAAGCAUUUAAAUUAAAAACGAAGUGAAAUAAGUCACUGGGAAGGUGAUUCGACAUGAAUCAGUAAACUUUACAUGGUAUAUAUUAUUGUAGAGCCCUGUUGUCUACAUAGAUAUGAAAAGGGAAAACUUGUGCUAA